GGAAAUGUAGCCCUGUCGAAGGCUGAAGUAUAAAUAAACAAUGCAGAGACUGAACCUUAUCUAAUAAUGGACUGUCCAGCGCUGUGCCAGUCUGAGACGCUACACUUCCAUCCCCUCUGUGGAGUUCAAACCGGGAAGCUCAACCAACGCAACGCAAUGUAAUAAAUCGACUUCAGUGUCCAGUUGUUGAAAGUGUGGUCCCGGUUCGUCAUGACGACACGUAAUGCACAGCAGGCAAAUAGGGAGGCAGAAUCAAGACUUGUCCAGUAUCGAGUGCAGAAUGCCCAGAAACAUCUGGGAAAUAUCUGUGAAACAGUUGGCUCUAUCGUCAGAAAGAGUGCCAGGCUGAGAGACAAAGGUGAUCUGUUGGCCAGCAGGCUGACAGCUUAUGCUGAAAGCAACCAUUUCAACUCAUCAUCCUGUUACAACAUCAAGCGCUUUGCUGAAAACUAUGCAGUGGUGCAGGACUACAGUGAUACCAAGGUUAAAAGAAUGGAGGCAAAAGUAUUGAAACCAUUGAUGCGAUAUGGAGAAUUGUGCAAAUACAUGAAGAAAACUGUUCACUCAGAUAUUGCUGCCUCAGGCAAGGAAAAGAAGGUAUUUCACAAACUUCAAAAACUGCAGCAGAAACCACACAACUCACAGCUUAUCAAUCAGACACAGCUAGAGUUGGAGAGGGUUCAAGAUGAGAAAAGGAUGUGUGCUGGUACCUUGCAGGUUGAAAUAGAAAGGUUUGAGUUUGACAGACUUUUGGGUAUUAAGAAAAUUCUGACUGAACUUGUGAAAAUAGAGAUGGUGUACCAUGCCAAGGCCCUUGAAUACCUGUCCAAAUGCUUUGAAAAUGCACAGCAGAUCAACAUAGAGGCUGAUCUCAGUGAAUUUCAAGCAGCUGCACUGCAGGCAGAAGGCAGAUAUGUUGGUGGUGACAGCAGUUCUAGAAGCCAGCAGCUUCACACAGGCUCCCCAGACCCAGUCUAUGCCGUUCCUUUCAGGCGGUCAACAGACCCAGUUACUUCCAGUCGCUUGUCAUCUCCACAGUCAAGGCAACCCAUCAGGGUUCGCAUUUCUGAAGCUGCUCCUCAAACUCAGCACUAUUUUAGUGAUGAUCUUUAGUGCAGGCAUCUUGAUCCAUGUGGUGGAGAGCAUGAGGAAGUUGGAAAUGGGUACUAAGUUCAUGCUCACCUAGAAAACAAAGCCUUUUGUUCAGGACUGGACAAUCAUAUUUAUUUACCUUUUCCUGUCCGAUCAGGACAUUAUUUCAUUUUGUAGCAUUCAGUAUUAAAAUAGCGAAAAUAGUCUUUGUUUUAAUAUUUUCCUUCCAGUGCUAGCAACAGCUGUUAUGAAACUGUGGGUUUUUUUUUUUUUGAUUGCAAGGUAACUUAGAAUCAGAUAUAUAAUGUUACCGUUGUAUAAACCUUUUUCCCCAUUAUAGUACCAAAGCAAUUAGAAUUGUUAGUGUUUUUAAGACGUGAAGGGGUGUCAGUCAUCCCUUUUUAUUAUAUUUUAUCAUAUGAAAUAAAAUGAAUCAUUUCUACAGUUUGGGUUUUUUAUUUUCAAGAAUCUAAUAGGGUGCAUUUUUUUUUCUCUCAUGACUGGACAAAGCUCAGCGCAAGAUACUGUUUCCCUAAAUACCGGCUUAUAACUCCAAGCCAUUCUCUAGAUGCAUGCCAACAAAGAAUUUGUAAAUUUGUAUUUUUCAACAGAUGUGCCUAAUCAAUAGUGUGCCAUUACCUAAAAUCUUGAUCCAUCCCUGUACAUUUUUGAUGUUUAUUGAUCUACUUAUGUGCAUAGUAAUGUUUGUAGGCAUGUAUUUUGGCAACAGUAACAGGGUAACCCUUACUCUAACCCUCACCAGCUAUACCAGUGGGUGAUGAGGGAAUCGGGCUGAGAGUAUUUCCAGUGACUGAGUAGUACUUCUUGUCAUGAAUUUCAACUGCCUCACAUUAUUCUUGGGAGGUCUGGAGAUUCUCUCUACAUCAUUGGCAUGAAGUAGAUUCUUUAUGCAAAAGACAGCAAGAGCAUUACCAGACACUUACUAAUUUGUCCUCUCACUUGCUAUACUCUGAAAUGCAUGGCAGCCAUGAUCCUUGCCUGCUUGCCCAAGGAUCCAAUGAAUAUCAGCAGAAAUUACCCAGAUUUUGAUCUGAAGUAAAACUGAACGCAGUUUAAUCUUAGAAUCCACUGACACACUGAGAUAAUCUGAAGUCAAUUACAACCAAUAAAAUUAGCUAAAAAUUCUAAACAUUCAGAGAGACACAAAGUUGUGACUGACCCGGGGGUGUGAUAUAAUAUCUGUUACCUCCCACUCCUAUUGCAAUGUGUGCAAGGUGUGUACAGGAAAGAAAGGAAUGAUUGGUGUGUAAAUGAAUGGUAGACAAUGCAUAAUGUCCAUUAAUUUUAGUAUGGUGAGCUUUUCAACAUCGCACAACUGACAGACCACUACAGCAACCAAAGAAAGGUGAGGCAGUCAUAUUAUGAUAACGGUUUAAUUUUUGGUAGUAAAAUAAAGUUUUCAUGCUUUCUUCCUUGGGCUGCUCUAAAUCACAUAGUGUUAUAAACCAAAUACUUGCCUCACAAAGGCACCAAGGAAAGUUAUGACCUUUAUUUUGAUGUUUGGACAUACCACUGACACAAGGUCAAUAGAGGCUACACCUACCACUGUUGGAGCCAGUGUACAUACUAAAGCUAUGUACUACUAAGGUUAUAAAGACAUCAUACAAGGUUAUACAAGCAAUGGAAUGCCUGGUUGUGUGUAGCUAAACACUCACUUGUCACUACUGCAAUGAGAAGCCAUGAGUUCAGAUCUUGUCAACUGUAUGCGACAGCUAUUUGCAUGGCUGCCUAUCUGGGGUUUUAUUUGGGUACUCUGGUUUUCUUCUCUCUCCCUUCCCACACGUAGCUUGAAACCACUUUCAGGAUUAAGCACUUUCCUGCCAAAGCAACUGAUUAGACAAGCAAUGGCUACAGACACUGUGUGAUUUAAGAGCAGCCUUGAUAUGAAAAUCAACCAUGCACUAAAUAUGCAAUUCAGAACUGCACAUGAAUGUUUUCUCUACAGUAUCACAGUGUUAACUACAAAACACUAAAAUCUUUGUUCGUGAAAUCAGCAGCUGUGAGACGACAAUAAAAGCAGCAGUUACUAGGAAACUGCAGUACAAAACUAAAGACACAAAUGACGAGGUCAAUAAAAAUAGCAUUAUAUUUUAAAUGA